CCACUAGCAGGAAGAAGAGAGACAUGGAGACGGCGGCGGUGCGGAUGACGGAGAUAGAAGGAAGGGGCAGGGCCAUGGUGGCUCUACGCCCUUUAAAAGGAGGAGAAAUCGUUCUCAAAGACUCUCCUAUCAUUCUUUACUCUGCCUUUUCUUUUCUGUCGGAUGAUCACCAGAAGAGCAAUGGCUACUGCUCCCAUUGCUUCAUCACUGUUUCACAGCAAUCUCAAAAGGCCUCUUGCUCUACCUGCGGAUGUGGAUUUUGUAGCCUAGAGUGCCAAUCCGUCGCUUCCGCCACCUCCCACACCCCGUGGGUUUGCCAAGCCCUAUUCCGAUUCCGGCAAUACGUUUCCGAUCACGAUGUAGGAUUAGACCUCCAGCUCCAAGCUCGUUUUCUGGUAUCUGCUUACAAUCUCGCUUCUGUCUCUCCAGUUAGGUUUCAGACCUUAUUGUCCCUUCAAGGCUCUGUUUCUUCUCAGCCUGAUGCCGAUUCCUCUGCUGUUUUUCUCCAUUCCUUCAUUUCUUCUCUCUGCGCAACAUUUCCGCGCGAAUUAGGGUUUUCUUUGGAAUUAACUUGCGUUCUUCUGGCAAAGGACAAGCUGAAUGCGUUCGGAUUAAUGGAACCUUUCUCAGAAGAGAGGGAGGAGAGAUCCGUCAGGGCUUACGGAAUUUAUCCUCUGGCAUCUUUCUUCAACCAUGAUUGCCUCCCAAAUGCCUGCAGAUUUGAUUAUAUCGAUGUUGCUGGACCAGCAUCAUCCAACACUGAUAUCACCAUUAGGAUGAUCCACGAUGUUCCACAAGGUAGAGAAAUAUGUUUGAGUUACUUUCCAGUUAACCUCAAGUAUUCCGAACGGCAGAAGAGGCUCAGGGAUGAUUAUGGUUUCGUUUGCGAAUGUGACCGAUGCAAAGUGGAAGCAAACUGGUCUGACUGUGAUGAAGAUGAUGAUCUAGAUGUGGAUGACAACAAUGAAGAAGAAGAUGAUGAAGAACCCACCGCUGUUAUGGAUGAGGACCCUGAUGUAGAAAUGGAAGGUGAAGAUGGUGAUGCCAUGAAAGGAGAAGACGACUUUCCACAUGCUUAUUUCUUCUUGACAUACAUGUGUGAUCGAAAGAAUUGUUGGGGCACACUGGCUCCGGUGACUCCAUCUGUUGCCACAACUUCCAUUGUAAUGGAAUGUAAUGUUUGUGGGUACUGUAAAAACCUUGAUCAGGUAUGAUGCCAUUAAUGGGCUAAUUUCUUUGUUCUUGAA